ACCAGAGAACACAGCAGCAGCAGCAGUGAGGUUCACUUCCCCAGUGUACCAGAACACAGCAGCAGCAGUGAGGUUCACCUCUCCAGUACACCAGAGAACACAGCAGCAGCAGUGCGGUUCACCUCUCCAGUACACCAGAGAACACAGCAGCAGCAGUGAGGUUCACCUCUCCAGUGCACCAGAGAACAACAGCAGCAGUGUUGUUCACUUCCCCAGUGUACCAGAACACAGCAGCAGCAGUGAGGUUCACCUCUCCAGUACACCAGAGAACACAGCAGCAGCAGUGAGGUUCACCUCUCCAGUACACCAGAGAACACAGCAGCAGCAGUGAGGUUCACCUCUCCAGUGCACCAGAGAACAACAGCAGCAGUGAGGUUCACUUCCCCAGUGUACCAGAACACAGCAGCAGCAGUGAGGUUCACCUCUCCAGUACACCAGAGAACACAGCAGCAGCAGUGAGGUUCACCUCUCCAGUACACCAGAGAACACAGCAGCAGCAGUGAGGUUCACCUCUCCAGUACACCAGAGAACACAGCAGCAGCAGUGAGGUUCACCUCUCCAGUACACCAGAGAACACAGGAACCAACUUGUGGUGAUGGCAUCUACUAGCUACCUUCCUGAUGAACAAUAUGAGACUCAGUUCUAUGGCUUCUCUCCUUCCAUGUUCCUUGAAGGAGUGAAGGGGCUCGUCCUUGAUCGUUUGUGUGAGGCAAUGGAUCAGUUAGAGAUGCGUUUUUCCCAGUUUCCUGAAGAGAUCCUGCCAUCAGAAGGUGUUAACAUCCUGCGCCAGCACACGGAUAACACUUUUACCAAGACAUUUCAGAAGUUUGAGUCUCAUGUUUUAGAGAGUGUGAUGAAAGUCCCCCCACACAUUAUUCUGCCAACUGAUAUUGAACAAGCAACACCAUCUUCAGUUUCAAAUAUUAAUAAUAUAAAAGCAGACAUUGAAAAAUUGAAGGUGCAGUUGAAAAAUGUAAGUAUCUAUCUUAUUUUCAUCCACUGCUUUAUGCUAAGAAUUGACCCAUUGUCAUUUUGUGCAGUAACCUGAGAAGGAUGGACAAUGAAAACUUUAUUCAGUAUACAUAUUGUAUAUUUUGCUGUGGGAAUGUUGUGUGGAUGGUUUAUAAAACUUUUUUUUUUUUUCCAAAUACGAUUUGGAAAUGGAUAGCAAGAGUAACAUAAGAGGGGCCUGGAGACGUGAUUAAUGAACAGAGAAAAUGUCAUUUUAGUGCCAGGAAUGUCUGUCUUGUUUAUUCUGGACCCAAAUAUGAUUUUUCCAAAUAUGAUUUGAUCAUUUAACCCUUUGAGGUUCGAAAAAUUUUCAAAAAAAAAAAAAUUAUGAAAUGGUAGAGAAUCUUUUCCCGAUGGUAAUGACGCCAAAAGUAUGAAAUUUAAUGGAAAACUUAUGAAAUUACGCUCUUAUCAAGUUAGCAAUAUCGGCUAUACAGUGGUCCCUCGUUUAUCAUAGUUAAUCCAUUCCUAGAAGUGCGAUGAUUAUCGAAAUAGACGAUUUUCGAAUCGAUUUUCCCCAUAAGAAAUAAUGUAAAUACAAUUAAUCCUUUCCUGACACCCAGAAGUAUUAAAACAAAAAUUUUUUUUACAUGAAAUAUAG